CAUGCCAGUGUGGUGGAUGCAGAUGGCGAGAAGUUGAUGACCCCGGGGGACUUUGUGCAGAAGUACCUGGGCCUGCACACACAGAUCCACCACAACCCCAAAACUGUCCAGCUCAUCGCUGGUGUAGCCGAUACAACCAAGGACGGGUGAAGAGCUGCCUACCUUCACCCUCUCUCUGUCAUCCCUCUUGUUUCUCUAUCUUUCUCUCUCCCUUAUCCUGACUCCACCAAGUACAUGGUUAACAGUUGAACAUGCUUAGCCUUCUGUCUCCCUCCCAUUCUAGUUCUGUCUCCUGUCUUGCACCCUCACCACAUCAACCAUGGGAGAUUGUUUUCAUUGAGCAGAAGGCUCCUGCAGCAGAGAAUGAUAAAGAGAGAUCUCAGACACACAUAGAUAAUGGUGAUGCUUAGAUCAGUUAAUUAGGAUGUUAUUUGGUCUAAGAACAGAAGUUGACUUAAUGGGUGCUCAUAAAUAAUUAUACAAACACACACUGCACAAGCCAUUUCAAUGCCCUUAAUCCAAUUAGUGAAGUUUCACUAAUUGUUUAGCUACAAUGGUCAACUAGUUGUAACGUCAGUCAGUCAUGUAAUGGAUUAAAGAAUCAUUAAAGGUGUGUGUGUGUGGUUGCCUUGCAGGGGGAUGAAGCACAUGUCUGUCAUUCAGAGCUGUUUAAAAGUAAUGACCUACAAGCAGCGAAUCCCCAAUGAGCCUUUUACUUUUCACUCAGUCUAGAGAAAUUACCUGAAAAUCCAUUACAAUUGGUUUACAGUAUUUGAAAUGCAUGGGGUAAUUUUAAGAAAUAGUGCAUGGCCUAAUCUCUCCCUACAUCAUUGCUGACAUUUUUAUGAUGUUUCAGUGAAAGCUGAUCCUUUCUCCCUCUGAUUGGAUCUUGUGUAUCUGAAGCUUUGUCCUUCAUGGCAUCGUGUGUAUUGUUUUAAUGUUGUCUCGCUCUCUCUCUCGCGCUCUCUCAAAAAAACACACACAGGCUGAUCUCAUUCCAGGAGUUCUUGGCUUUUGAGUCGGUGCUGUGUGUUCCGGACGCUCUCUUUAUCGUAGCCUUCCAGCUGUUUGACAAGACCGGCACUGGAGACAUCUCCUUUGGUACGUACAUGAGUGUGUGUGUGUUAGUGCUUGAGAGGGUGGGUGGGUGUGUGUGUGUGUGUGCGCGCAUGGCAUGGCUAAUUAAAGGGAACCAAUUAUGGUUCAUUAGUACAGUCACUCCACUUAAAGGACACUGUUUAAUCUGAAUAUGAAUAUAGGUUAAUGCUGGUCUGUCAUAGAAUUAGAAUGAGUAGAACCGAUAUUGUCCCUGUGUUCACAGAUGCACAGAAAGAAAUGUAAUUCUGAGCGACGAUGUGAAGACAUUUAAAAUGGUACACCCAAUAUGGCCGCCGUUCCUCCCAUCACAAAACAUUGCAUUGAAUGGGAAUGUCCAUUCUGCUCAUUCUAAUUCAAUGGUUCUCUCGAUCUGUCCAUCCCUUGAACAGAGAAUGUGCGGGACAUCUUCAGCCAGACGACUGUGCACCACCACAUCCCCUUUAACUGGGACUGUGAUUUCAUCCACCUGCACUUUGGACACGACCGCAAAAAACUCCUCAGCUACCUUGAGUUUACCCAGUUCUUACAGGUAUAUACUCACACACUCAGUCACGCUCGGUGACAUAUGCGCUCGUUGACAUAUGCGUGCGCGCUCGGUGAGAUAUAUAUGCGUGCGCACGCUCGGUGACAUAUGCGCACGCUCGGUGACGUGUGAGCGCGCUCAUUGACAUACACUACCGGUCAAAAGUUUUAGAACACCUACUGAUUCAGGGUUUUUUCUUUAUUUUUACUAUUUUGUACAUUGUAGAAUAAUAGUGAAGACAUCAAAACUAUGAAAUAACACAUAUGUAAUCAUGUAGUAACCAAAAAAGUGUUAAACAAAUCUAAAUAUAUUUUCUAUUUGAGUUUCUUCAAUGUAGCAACCCGUUGCCUUGUUGACAGCUUUGCACACUCUUGGCAUUCUCUCAACCAGCUUCACCUGGAAUGCUUUUCCAACAGUCUUGAAGGAGUUCCCAAAUAUGCUGAGCACUUGUUGGCUGCUUUUCCUUCACUCUGCGGUCCGACUCAUCCCAAACAUCUCAAUUUGGUUGAGGUCGGGGGAUUGUGGAGGCCAGGUCAUCUGAUGCAGCACUCCAUCACUCUCCUUCUUGGUAAAAUAGCACUUACACAGCCUGGAGGUGUGUUGGGUCAUUGUCCUGUUGAAAAACAAAUCCCACUAAGUCCAAACCAGAUGGGAUGGCGUAUUGCUGCAGAAUGCUUUGGUAGCCAUGCUGGUUAAGUGUGCCUUGAAUUCUAAAUAAAUCACAGACCGUGUCACCAGCAAAGCACACCCAGACCAUAACACCUCCUCCUCCAUGCUUUACGGUGGAAAAUACACAUGCGGAGAUCAUCCGUUCACCAACACCGCGUCUCACAAAGACAGGGCGGUUGGAAUCAAAAAAACUCCAGACCAAAGGACACAUUUCCACUGGUCUAAUGUCCAUUGCUCGUGUUUCUUGGCCCAAGCAGGUCUCUUCUUCUUGUUGGUGUCCUUUAGUAGUGGUUUCUUUACAACAAUUCGACCAUGAAGGCCUGAUUCACACAGUCCCCUCUGAACAGUUGAUGUUGAGAUGUCUGUGACUUGAACUCUGUGAAGCAUUUAUUUGGGCUGCAAUUUCUGAGGCUGGUAACUCUAAUGAAUUUAUCCUCUGCAGGAAAGGUAACUCUGGGUCUUCCUUUCCUGUGGCGGUCCUCAUGAGAGCCAGUUUCAUCAUUGCGCUUGAUGGUUUUUGCGACUGCACUUGAAGAAACUUUCAAAGUUCUUGAAAUAUUGAAUGACCUUCAUGUCUUUAAGUAAUGAAGGCUGUCGUUUCGCUUUGCUUAUUUGAGCUGUUCUUGCCAUAAUAUGGACUUGGUAUUUUACCAAAUAGGGCUAUCUUCUGUAUACCCCCCCUACUUUGUCACAACACAACUGAUUGGUUCAAACGCAUUAAGAAGGAAAGAAAUUCCACAAAUUAACUUUUAAGAUGGCACACCUGUUAAUUGAAAUGCAUUCCAGGUGGCUACAUCGUGAAGCUGGUUGAGAGAAUGCCAAGAGUGUGCAAAGCUGUCAAGGCAAAGGGUGGCUAUUUGAAGAAUCUCAAAUAUAAAAUAUAUUUUAAUUUGUUUAACACUUUUUUUGCAUGAUUCCAUAUGUGUUAUUUCAUAGUUUUGAUGUCUUCACUAUUAUUCUACAAUGUAAAAAUAAAGAAAAACCUUUUGAAUGAGUACGUGUUCUAAAACUUUUGACCGGUAGUGUAUAUGCAUGCGUGUGUGUGCGCUGGAGGUACAUUUUUACAUUUACAUUUUUGUCAUUUAGCAGACGCUCUUAUCCAGAGCGACUUACAGUUAGCGCAUACAUUAUUUUAUCGAACCCACAACCCUGGCGUUGCAAACACCAUGCUCUACCAACUGAGCUACAUCCCCUGCUGGCCAUUCCCUCCCCUACCCUGGACGACGCUGGGCCAAUUGUGCGCCGCCCCAUGGGUCUCCCGGUCGCGGUCGGCUACGACAGAGGUAAGGGACUGGGGUUGUGAGGUAAGGGACUGGGUGGUGUGAGCGUGCAUGGUCCUCUGUAGCUCAAUUGGUAGAGCAUGGCGCUUGUAACGCCAGGGUAGUGGGUUCGAUCCCCGGGACCACCCAUACGUAAAAAUGUAUGCGCACAUGACUGUAAGUCGCUUUGGAUAAAAGCGUCUGCUAAAUGGAAUAUUAUUAUAUGCGCUCGGCGACAUUCGAGUUUGUCACUCAGAUAGCAUAACACGGUAUAAAUGUUGUUCUCUGCGCCCCAUGACAAAUGUGUAGGAAAUGUAGCUUUAAAACAGCCAAAAACAAUCUCUCUGGCCAAGAGGCAGGCAUCUAAAGAAUGCCAUUGGCUUCGCCCACUACCACGCACCCCAUGCUAACUUUGCCAGCACUGUUGAAAAAUAUCCUAGGGGGAAGCACUGCACACACUCUUCUCUACCUACAGGAGUUGCAGUUGGAGCAUGCACGCCAGGCCUUUGCCCAGAAGGACAAGAACAGGAGCGGCACCAUCUCUGCCAUGGACUUCAGUGACAUCAUGGCCACAAUCCGACACCACAUGCUUACAACGUUUGUGGAGGAAAACCUGGUUUCGGUAAGAGAGAGGAAGUGUGUACUGCGUAUAUGAUCGUGUGUGGGAUAAGAGUGAGUCAGUGUGUAACCCCUUCCUCUGUGUGAUUGUCCUCCCAGGCUGCGGGGGGCAGCACCUCUCACAUGGUCAGCUUCUCCUACUUCAACGCCUUCAACUGUCUGCUCAACAACAUGGAGCUGAUCCGCAAGAUCUACAGCACACUGGCCGGGACUCGCAAGGACACACAGGUCACUAAAGGUAACACACAUGCGCACCUUGCCGAUACAGGCACUAAUGUAUACCCACGCACAUAUUCCCAUCGUAUACCCUUCCACACACACAUUCACUGUACUGACACACGCACACUGGUCAGAAGUGCUCCAGACAUGUGAGAGGAGUAGUGUGAUCACACUUGCCAGUCGUCUGUUAGCUGCCAGCAGGAGAACUGUCAUGUUGAAGAGAGAAUUGACAAGAUCUCGCAAUCUCUCUGUAGGAUGUGUGGAUGCACAGCAUGUGUGUUAUGCAGACUAUUAACCCAUCUUUCUCUCACUCUCGCACCCUCACUCUGCCUCUAUCGCCAUCUCUCUAGAGGAGUUUGUCCAUGCUGCUAACAAGUUUGGCCAGAUCUCUCCCAUGGAGAUCGACAUCCUGUACCAGCUAUCAGGCCUACACUCCCACUCUGGGUAAAAACACACACAAACCGCUUAAGCCUUGUACUGUAUGCAUGCAUACCUGUUCAGAGUGUUGUGGCAAACCAGAAUGUUGUGGUAAUGAUGCGGUGUUGUGUCUCAGGCGUCUGAACUUUGCUGACAUUGAGAGGAUAGCCCCACUGGAGGAGGGAGCGCUACCCUACCACCUGGCUGAGAUACAGAAACAGGUAAGAGACGUGCAUUUGUGUGUGACUGCGCGUGAGUGAGUGAGUGAGUGAGCGAGCGAGCGAGCGUGCAUGUCAAACACUUUCUCUCUCCCUCUCUGUCCCUCUGUAGCAGAGCCGUGGUGAUGGUUCCAGGUCCGUGCUGCUGCAGGCUGCAGAGUCGGCCUACCGGUUCAGCUUGGGCUCCAUCGCUGGAGGUAAGGGACUGGGGCUGUGAGGUAAGGGACUGGGUGGUGUGUGGUAAGGUAUGGCGGUUAUUGCUAGUACUUUUGAAUACUUUCAUGGAAUAUAUCCACCCCCCCCCCCCCCUCCCAAAAAAAGUUACUUGGUUAAAAAAGGUUUUGCCUAGUUUCAAUAGUACAGUUAGGUGUGUGUGUGUGUAGCUACGGGAGCCACGGCGGUGUAUCCUAUAGACCUGGUGAAGACCAGGAUGCAGAACCAGAGGAGUACAGGCUCGUUCGUUGGAGAGCUUAUGUACAAGAACAGCUUUGACUGUGCCAAGAAGGUGCUGCGCUACGAAGGCUUCUUCGGCUUCUACAGAGGUACGGACGGACACUGUGUGUGUGUGUGUUCUUGGCUGCUCUCCUUUCUUCCCCUCUUGGCUGCUGUUUUCCUCCCCAUCCUUCUCUUCUGCUCUUUCUCUCUUUCCUUCCCUCUUUUCUCCUGGUCCUCGUCUUUUUUUUUAUUGCCUGCUCUCUUUUCCCUUUCUGCACUGCACUUCCCUUUCUGCACUGCACUUCCCUUUCUGCACUGCACUUCCCUUUCUGCACUGCACUUCUCUCUCCUUCUCUGCUGUCUCUUCUGUUGAUGGAAAAAGGACUGCAUCAUUGUUGGCUCACCCACACUGCAUCACUAAACCUGCCUCCGGCCAUUCAGUUCUUCCUUUGUUCUUUCAUUCUCACCUUUCCUUCAUCCUCAUCCUCACACUCUUUUCUCCUCCCUUCUGCCCUAAGAAACUGUUGUCAUAAUGAGACGUGGUUCAUGUCAUAUGUGGACUCAAUCUCCCAUGCUGCCCUGCAGGUCUUCUUCCCCAGCUCAUAGGCGUGGCUCCAGAGAAGGCAAUCAAACUUACGGUGAGUCAAACUCCUCCCCCUCCACUCAGCCAAUCACUAUGGACAUGCACCUUAAGAUAACACUUAUUCUGUCAAAACAUUCCUGACUAUUCUCUCUGUAGUAUUUAUUUGCUGAUUUUUCUCUCUCUCCCUCUCUCUCUGUUCCCCCUCUCUCCCUGUAGAUGAAUGACUUUGUGAGAGAUAAGUUCACUGGUAAAGACGACACCAUUCCCUUCGCUGCUGAGGUGUUGGCCGGAGCCUGUGUGAGUAUGACAGAUGACCAAACCUGUUCCUGUCAAACUUCCCAACUCUAAACGCAUCCCAUUCUAUUCCACCCAGUCCUACCUAAAUAGGAGGCUGGGGUAGCCUCCCUCCCUCAUUCCAUCUCUUUCUCACUCAUUUCACCUUAUGUCUGCCUCUCUGCAGGCAGGGGGUUCCCAGGUGAUCUUUACUAACCCACUGGAGAUAGUCAAGAUCAGACUGCAGGUGGCAGGAGAGAUCAUAACAGGACCCAGAAUUAGCGCCCUCGGUGUCAUCCGAGACCUUGGCUUGUUCGGCCUCUACAAGGUAGGUGUGUGUGUGGCCAUUACGUCUGGUGGCGUUGUUCUUGUAUUUUGGUAAACAAAGGCCUUUUGAUUGAAAGUAAUGUCUUUCAUUUACUCCUCGUGUGUGUGUGUGUAGGGUGCUAAAGCAUGUUUAUUGAGAGACAUCCCGUUCUCAGCCAUCUUCUUCCCAGUGUACGCCCACACCAAGGCUCAGUUUGCUGACGAGCAGGGUAGACUAGGCCCGUUACAGCUGCUAGCUUCUGGAGCCAUCGGAGGUACACACACUUCACAGACCUACUCAGAGUUUCUAUUAAAUUCCAUUUCAUUUGAUUUGAUUGUCAAAAACAGUCACUCAGGUCACACCCUUUCUGACUCCAUUUCCCAGGUAUCCCUGCUGCCUCCCUGGUGACACCUGCUGAUGUCAUCAAGACGCGCCUGCAGGUAGCAGCGAGGGCGGGACAUACCACCUACACUGGAGUCACGGACUGUUUCAGGAAAAUCAUGCAGGAGGAGGGAUUCAGAGCACUGUGGAAGGGAGCUGGAGGUGUGUGUGUGUGUGUGUGUGUGUGUCAAAGUGACUACACAAGUGGGAAUUCACUUACGCUCUCUCUCUCUCCCCAGCUCGUAUGUGUCGAUCCUCUCCUCAGUUUGGGGUGACUCUGGUGACCUACGAGCUUCUACAGAGGUGGUUAUAUGUGGACUUCGGAGGACAGUGAGUACACACACACACUCCCCACUGUUAUAACUCAAGUUACCAUUGUUAGUUAAGCUGCAAUGUCUCAUAUUUCCCUGCAUCUUUCUCCAGUCGUCCGGCAGGGUCUGAGCCCACUCCUAAAUCUCGUAUCUCUGAGCUUCCUCCGGUCAGUGCUGACCACGUGGGAGGCUACCGUCUGGCCGCAGCCACCUUCGCUGGCAUGGAGAACAAGUUUGGCCUCCACCUGCCCAAGUUCAAGUCCUCUGGAGUGGUCUCCAUACAUCCUGACCCCUCUUCUGCCCCCCCUCAAGAUGAGGCUGCCGCCCCUUGA